AUGGAGGGCGGCGAGCUCUCAGUGGCGCGAUCCGACAACCUUGGAGCCCGCUAUGAAAAGCGGUCCAAAGACAAGAGCCUCUCCGAGAAGGAGCGCGAGGCGGCCUUGUACUUCAGCUAUGCCGAGAAGCACAUGCACGAAGAACAGGCCGACGAAGCGUUGAAGCACACGGAGGAGGCCCUCAACCGCUUCCGGCAGUUGGGUGAUGAGACCGGCAUCGCAGACAGCAAUCGCAUCAAGAUCCACGUGCUUUGCUUCAAGGACCGUCGAAAGGAAGCCAACCAGGUAGCAAAGGAUGAGCUUUCCAGAAUUCGCUCGCAGAAGGACCGACAGGGGGAGAGCAAGAUGCUGCUUUCCUUGGCGGAGAUCAACACCGAGCGCAGGGGCUACAAGAACCGCCAGGAAGCGCGGCUCUGGGCCAACGAGGCUCUGGAGCUCUUCCGAAAGAACGGCGACAAGAAGAUGGAGGCGUACACCCUGAUCUGCUUGCUGAACAUCAACAUGAAGUGGCGAGGAGACAAGAGCAUCAGUUGCCAGGAGGGCCUCGACUGUGCUUUGAUGGCCAGGAGCAUCUUUCGCAGCAUCGGUGACAGGCGCGGGGAGGGCUUGGCGAUGCACGGUGUCGCCGUCGCUCACGUCCGGGCCGACAUCAACGAUGUGGUUCUACAGGGUGGCAUGGGCGGCUGGCUGGCAGCAGCUGCCGAGGCGGCCAAGCUCUUCCGAGACAGCGGCUACCUGAAAAUGGAAGCCUUCGAGCAGGUUUGUGUUGCCCAGUGGACCCUCGGCAUCAAUCCUCGCAAGGCCAUGAAGUUGGCAGAAGAGGCCAUGAAGCGCUGCGCCGAGCUCCGGAGCAGGCAAGAGUCGGCCGCUCUCAGCGUCCUGGUGCAAGCACAUCUGCAGCUGAAGGACAGGUCCAAGAACUGGAUGAACGACGAGGCAGCGAAGGCUGUGCAGCUGGCCAAGGACGGCUAUGAUCGGUUUCGAGAAUUAGGCGAGCGCUUCGGACAGGCCUCCUCCCUGCAUGCUCUCGUCCUGGCGCACCAAGCUCGGGACGAGAAAACCCUGGCUCUGCAAGCCGCCGAGCAGGCUGCGGACAUUUACAAGGAAAUCGGCGAGAAAGGCGGCGAGACCGCGAUGUUGCUCAUCCUGUCGCAGUUGCACCUGGAGACUUCCCGGCCAGAGAAGGCCUUCCAGGUCGCGCAGGAGAUUGCCUCCAUGGAGGUCUCGCUCCACGAAACUGCCAUCGCGCAAGAGACCGUCUACGAGGCCUUCCUUCAGCAAGGCGACCUGGAAGAGGCCAUGAAGACGGCGCAGGAGCUUGUGAGCCUCUGCAACGACAAGAACGACAAGAAGCGAGAGGCCAUCGCACGACUCAUGGUGGCCAACAUUCACUACACUCAGAAGGACUUUACGCAGGCGGUGAUGGUCUCCCGGGAGGCGCAGGCGCUGCUGCACGACAUCGGCGCUUACGCCGACGAGGCGUCUGCUCUGCGCAUCGUGGCGGAGGCGUAUCUGGCAAAUGGCGAGCUCCCUCAGGCGCUGAAGGCCGCCGACAGGUCCGUGCGACUUUUCCGGGGCAAGCAGAAAGACUCCGAGGAGGCGCAGUCCCUGCAAGUCGUGGCCACGAUCAAGCUGCAGGUUCUGGCCCAGGACAAGAUCCGGGCUCAGCGCGGGGCCCCGGCCUUCGCCACGGCCCUGGCGGACGCCGAGCAGGCGGCCGAAGCGGCUGUCAGCUUUGCGCGGAAGAAGCGCUUCAACCAACAGCUGGGGCAGGCUCUGCUCAUCGCCGGGCAGGUGCAGCUCACGGGCCUGCGGUGCGACGAUGCCCUUAAGACAGCAGAGGAGGCCAUGGCGAUAUUCGAGGAGUUGGGCAGCGAGCGAGACAAGGCCAAUGUGAUGUGCCUGGAGGCGGAUGCCCACUUCACCAACGGCAAUGCCAACAAAGCCUUGGUGAUUGUCAACAAGGCCUUGGCGAUCUUCCAGGAGUACCGAGACUCGCGAGGCGAGUGGAUCGCGAUGAACAUCCUGGAGCAGAUCACCGGGCCGCCCGAGGAGCAGCCCCUUCCGGGCAAUGAGUGGACACCAGAGCAGUGGGCAGAGUGGCAGCGUUGGCAGCAGCAACAACAGCAGCAGCAGCAGGGCGCCGGACAAAUGCCACAAGCCCUGCAGCGCCAGCAGCAGGAGCCUCGGGCGAGAAGACGAACCGAUCCGGGCCAGAAGCUGGACAUUGCGAAUGUCAGCACCGACACGGUUCGAAAACGUGUCGAGGAGAUCGUGAGGUUUACAGCCGACUUGGACGACUCCGAGCAGAUCGACCUCGAUCAGCCCUUGAUGCAGGUCGGCGUCACGAGCCGCACUGCCGUGGGCCUUCGGAACAUGCUCAGCGAGGAGAUGCCUGGCGUGGACUUGCCGUUUACGCUCAUCUUCGAUUACCCCUCCGUGGCCUCCAUCGCCGAUCACGUUAUGGCCUGGGCCACAGGUUGGGCUCACGCGGGCAGACGCAACUUCCCGGAGCUUGAAAUCACUUCCCGACAGCUGUUGGUGAGUCAUGCAGUCAUGGUCCAUGGUCCAUGGUGA